GUGUUCAAAUAAAAGAUUAACUUUUAAGCAAUAAAAUAUUAUUUAAUUAUUAGUUAUUACAGUCGUGAAAAAGUGUAGAGAUUUAAAAAGUUACAUAAAUAAAUUUGAGAAAGUGGUUUCUUGCGUUGAGGACUGGAGACUGGUUUCGUCGGUUUCUUGGGGGUAACAAUAUGGCGGAAGAAGAAAUUGAUCUCGAUAGUUGGGAAGAACAGGCUGAUAGCGGCGUAAGUAAACAAUUUAAAUACUGAAUUAGGUUUUUACAGUAGGGAAGUGCGAAAAUAAAUAUUUUUCCAGGAAAUAGCUCUAUAUGAAAUGUGUACUUCUAAACAUUUCAAUUAUCAGAUAGAUAGGCAAAAUAAUGAUCAAACUAUUUGUUAGCCCCCUAGCCCUAACUCCCGAGUUACCUGAUUAAAAUUGAAAGUAGACCGAACUCCAACUUAGUAACUAAGUAAAAUACUAAAUAAUUAAGACAUUAGAUAGUCCUUGGCCUAAUGAAUUUAGUAAGACUAUAUAGGAGAGUAGCAUAACUUUGUUCAACUGAAAAGAUUUGACUGGUGACAUCAGUAUCAUCAUCAGUCAGUCAUCUCUGGACAAAUCAUCAGUGAUGUCUUCUGCCUGUGUCAGUGUCAGCGUUAAGUGUGUAUAGUCAAAGACACUCAAAUAUUAUUUGCUCAGUUAGUGUAUGUGUUCAUAGUAGGUUAACGUCUUAGUAAGCCUAGACCUAAUUAAUUAGACUUACCUUUUUUUAUUUUAACAAAGAAGACACACAAAAUUAAGUCACUGACUGACUCACUGGAUUGUUUCAUCAUUCAUGAAUCAUAGAAUAUAAUUAUUAGGCACUUGGGUAUGGCCUGGAAACACCGGAAAAUCGAGUAUGGUAAUUUGGAUGUCAAAUGGUAACCUCCACUUAUUAAUUGGGAAGCAUUAUACGCAGUCGACUGCGUACAACCCUGAGGGUUAUUCCCAGCCGACUGCGUACAACUCUCAGGGUUAUACGCAGUCGGCUGGGAAUUUAGCCAAAUAAGGUUUAUUAUCGCUAGUUUGGCAAUUUAAAAAAAAGUGUUAUGCGUAAUUUAGCUGCAUUAUGGGUUGUUUUGAACUAUAACUUUUGAUGUGUUUACCGUAAAAUUUUAAUUGAAUUAAAUUUAAUUAAUAUUGAAUGAUAGUAAUAGAAUUAGUAUUAGUGCUAUUAUUAGUAUUAUUGCUUAUAUCUUAUAUAUUAUAAGUCUAAGUCAAAGUCUACAUUUCUUAGAGUCUAAGUCGUCUACAUUUCUUAGAGUCUAAGCCUAAGCCUUACUAAGAAGAUUAUUUUUUAAAAGGCAUUUCCAUGGUCUAAAAGUCUAGUUCUGUAUUCUGAUUGAUUAGGUUUUUAUAUGUUGCUAUGACUAUGUCAUGUGGUUGGUUUUACUGACUCAUUCAGGAAAUACAUUCUAUUUAUUUUUUUAAUUAUAUCAUUUAUGAUUUUUUUUUUGGUGACCUAAAUGUAACAGUUUUCGGCUUCCAUGCAAAACUAUAACUGUGUGGAAGUAUUACUUACAGUGCCCCCUCUACAGAACCCCCUGCCCCUACAGCUAUUUUUUACUGUUACUGUUACUCUCCACCCCUGAUUAUAAUUACUGUAGCAGAGAAACAUUAUUUUAUCUGCCACAAAAUUAGUUCACAACACAAAAUAUAUAUUUGAUAAUUAUAAGAAUAACAUUAUUAUCAUUACAUUGGUCAAGUGCAUGUUUUAACAUUUUUUAGCCAAAACAAAAUAAAACAAGCCUAGCUGUUUUUGCUUCAUUCUUGAGAACAAACAUAACAACAUAGUCAUUUAUGGCUGGCCUUUGGCUGGAAUUGAACACAAGUCCACCAACUUGAGGUUUGCUCAGUUUAUACCAUUCGACCACCCAGUCACCCUGAUGGCGUCGCACCUUUAUCGAUCGAUACUGUAACACAGGAAGAAUUAUAGACCUCACGUGACUUGCCGACUGAGUAUAACUCCCAGGGUUAUACGCAGUCGGCUGCGCAUAACCACUUCGUAUUAAUUUACAGAGGGUAUCUUUGUUUACCUUUUAUAGUCUAUUUUUACCAUACUAAUAAAUUCUACAUACUUAACAUACACCAUACACAUCUGACAUCUUGUUUUUUCUAUAGUCUAUAGAGAAUUCAUUCGAUUUUUUUUUUAGGUUGAAGCUUUGAAAAUUGAAGUAAAAAUAGGUUAACUUUACUGAUCAAUAACUUUAAAAAAAAAAAAACAACUGGUCAAAUAAUAAAAGGUUUUUUUAUUUUAUAUGUUUUUUUUCUAUAGUAUAUAGAGAAUUCAUUCGAUUUUUUUUUUAGGUGGAAGCUUUGAAAAUUGAAGUAAAAAUAGGUUAACUUUACUGAUCAAUAACUUUAAAAAAAAAAAAACAACUGGUCAAAUAAGAAAAGGUGUCUUUAGUUUAUAUGUCAUUUAUAACAUAUUCAAAAUUUAUGAGUGUAGACCUUAGGCUUAGGCUGGGAUCUGAAACGAAAAUCAAAGAGGUUAAUUUUUUAGGCUAUGUAAUUUGUCAUCAAGGCGACCAUGCUUGUCUACAUAUUAUUAUCUUUAGUGGCCGUGGGGUAGUUAAUAAUUCAUUAAAUAUUAAAUCAUUUUAAAGAAACAAAAAAAAUUUUAUAACCUAAAUAAUUAUUAUUGGUUUAUCAAACAGCAGUGGUUUUAAUUUUGGGGUUGGUUGCCAUGGACAUGAGAUUGAUAACCACUUGUCUUUGGCUUAGAUAGGCCCAUUAAAAGUAUAAUAAUAGUAAUAAUUCUAUACUGUACUGUACUAAAUGAUUUAAGGAUUGGGAUACAUAGCCUUUAUUAAAACUUAUAGAUAUAUGCUAAAAAAUUUUUAUUUACGGAUUUUAACCCCAAAAUCAUGCUCCCAAAGCACUUUAAUUCCAUUUAGAAGUUAGCUGUUAAGAUAGCUUAAUGUAUUACCCUUAAACAAAAAAUAAAUGGUUGACGUAAAUCAAUUUUUAAACUGAUUUCUUGUCUGUUUAAACCCCCCCCCCCCCCCCAUGAGCCCUAUCCCCCAUGCAUUUUUAUUACCGAUUUUACACUUUAACCCUUUGAACCCGCGAUCCCGCCUUAUCCCUCUGUGCAUUAAAAAUCCGCACCCCACCAGACCGAUAUUUCGGUCACCCAUACCUUACCAGUCCGUAUAUAAAAUGUGUUGUGAAUACUGAGUUCAGGGUUUAUCAUGUGACUUGCGAAAAGUCAUAGUAAUGGCUGCGCCCAUGAAUGCAUUAUUUUUGUUAUGUUUUAGUAGUGUUUUUCAAUGUAUAGCGGUGACGACAAUACAAUAAUUGCUAUUCUAAAGGACUUAAACUAGGGUAGUUUUAUGACAAUGUGAACGAUUCAAAGGAUUAUUAUUGUGUUUUGAAAAAGGAUUGAAAUAAAGCAAAUAGACAAUGAUAGUGAUGAUUGAUUGACUUCAACUUCUAGUGCUAUGAAUGUGUGCUAUGGGAAUAUAAGGAGCAAGUGCUGGUACCAAACUGUGGUAUCAGAAUAAUACAAGGGAAAGUUCUGUCAAUGUUCUAUAAAUAGAGAAACGUACUAAUAGUGUUUAACCUCUUAUAAAAUGUCAUGUCAAUCUUACCUCACCUUGCUGUGCACAACAGUUGAUAUUGCACUGUAAAAUAUAGUAACCAGUGUUUUAAAACCAAUAACCCAUUUGCCGAAUCUAAAAGCAGUAUGGACAUCUCUAGACAUUUUAGUGUUGCAUUAAUAGUUAUUGAACUCAUUGUUCUUCUGGUUUUUAAAUUCUGUUUCCAAUUUAUAAAAUAUUCUUACCCAUGUUCAGGGCAGGGGGUUGGCUUGACUGUAAAUGCAACCAAAUACCAAAUUUUUGAAAUUGCAUUGCUCAAAGAUACAGCGAUUAUGAUUAUGCAUGAAAUUAACAAUAUGAUUAAUGUGUAAGUAAUAAGCUGAAUGAGAGACAUAUUACAGCACCAGCCCAUUAUUUUUGUAAUCAUUGAUACUGAUCCAAGGCAACUAUAAAUCAUUGUCUUGAAGGUUAGUUGUGAAUUGGCCUCAUAUAUAAAACGGUCAGUUUUUACAUAUGCUCCAAAAUGAGAUUACAGUAGUUCAUUCUAUCCCUGUGGUACUACAGCCGCCCAUGUAGGGCUUUGGCCUGCCUCACCACAUCCUUUCACUCAGACCUAACUGAUGCUUUUCUUUUCCAUGUUUGGAUUCUCAUCUAAUGCAGAUCCCUUUCCACAUCAUUCAUCCAUCUAAGCCUAGGUCUGCCUUUGAGCCAUUCUGCACUCCUCUUCACUAAAUUUGAAUGAAUUACAACUAUGUUAACAGAGCUUAUUGGUUUGUUUUAAUAACAUUUUAAAAUGUGUCCUCCAGGUACUAGACAAAAGACUAGAAGAAAUGUCUAUUGAUAUACAAGCGAAAGAAAACGACAAAAGGAAACAGUAAGUAAUUUUUAUAGCAUGACUCUCUUUGCUGGGAUUUUUCUCAUUUGCAUGUAUGAAGUUACAAACAAAGCAGUUAAUUUAUGUUUCAAUAGCUUUGGUGUAUGAUUGAUAUUUGUCUUCUUUGCCUUGAUCUCUUUUUAUAAUUGGUAUUUUUUUCUUUCCACAGGGCUCAAAGUAUUCACUCAACUGCAAGCCCAUUACUUAUUGACGAUAGUGGGAAAACCCAGUACCAGCCUCAAGUUAGAAUUUUGCGUAGGGAACCCAAGACUCCGUCCAGUCCCCAAAAGAAUCAUAGGGAUAAUUCAGGGUAAUUUUUUUUACACUUUUAAAUGCUCGAGAAGAGUAAAUAGAUUAUUAUAUAGUUAUUAAGUGAUUAAAAAAUUUGUUAAAUGUUAUCACUUAACUUAAAAAACUCAAGUGAAAAGCUAAUAAUAUCCACAUAACUUUGAGAAAAUUAUUUACAUCUCUCAGGCUGACUAAUGUUACAGCGUCUUCAAAACACAGUAAGUCUUUACAGCAGCGAGAGGCGGAGUAUGCACAAGCCAGGCUUAGAAUAUUUGGCUCUCUUCCCCCAGAGGAAAAUGAUGAGAAUGACGAUGGCAAUGGUACAGACAGUUUUACAGCAAAAGAUGAUGAUUUGAAUAUAGAAAAACAAAGGUGAGAUCUGCUGUUAACUUUCAUAAGGAAUUUUUGGAUUAAAUGGGUCAUUUAAGUUGAAAUUAGUUGAAUUUUGAAUAUUUGCUUGUUGAACAAAAAGAGUAGAUCAACACAGAACUCAUUGUUUGGUUAUCACUUACAUAUUAAUUACUUUAAUUGUAACAACACUUGAUGUUUCUUAAGUAAUGAGAAUAAAAGUUGCAUUUAAGAAAUGUCACAGACAGUCUUACCAUCUGUCAACGAAAACCUAGAAUUUUGCAUUUUCAAUUCCCUUUGUCAGACAAGGAUUAAAAACUUUAAUGCUCUCUUUCUGCAGCUCUCCUCAAAUAAUUAAACCCGACCCUUCGUCGCCGAGGGUGUCUAUAGUGCGGCAACCAAAAGGGCCAGAUGGUACAAGUGGUUUUAAAAAAUCAGACCCAACCUAGUUAAGGUUCAGGCAUACCUUUUUUUAAAAUUUUAAAUAUGUAUAUUUGAUGUUUCUGUUUUAAAAUACCUGAAUCUAUUUAUAGCUUGCAUGACAGCAGAUGGGCAAUGUUUCUGAUGUCGCGCCACCUUCCCACCCCCUCUGUAUAUUUGGAAUCUGAUAUGACAAGUAUUGUGUUUGGUUGACUUUGUGCUAAAGAAAAAAAUAGCAUGGAUAUUAGAUGGCUACUGGAAGGCUUCACCAGAAUUGAUAAUUUCAUCUAUGUUUGUUACCCUGGUUAAAUGUUUUGUAAAUAAAGGAUCUUUUAGACCUCAACCUAUUUUUAAUAUUCUGAACCCCCUAUGAAUUGUUUGAAUAAGUUUUUCUUCCACUUAAAUUUAUAGAUUUAACAAUGCAUUUUAAUAUUGGAGAGAGAGAAAAAAAAGGACUUUUAAUUGAACUGACAUAGAAAGUAAACUUGUGGCUUAUUGUUAUAUAAAGUAAAAUCAAGGAAUAAAAAGAAUAAAAAUAAAAAAUUAUAUCAUAUCUUAAUCAUCAAUGACUCCCCUGAUCUUAUAAUCACAUUUUAUUGCAUUGCCUUCAAUGCUUUCUUGAGCUCACCAGAUCGGGGAGACCCUGUUGUAGAGGAAACUUGUCGUGGGAUGACAAUUUAUUUUCAUUUCGAGAUAUUUCCAUUAAAAGAAGAAAAAACUGCUUCUAAUUUCAUAUAGGUUCGUUAUACCCAUCAUAUUUUUUAUAUUUUAUUUUGAAUAUGUCAGGAUUGAAGAACCAAAUGUAUAAAAUAAAGAAUAAUUGUUUCCCCAACUGGUUAACAAUGUUAGAAAACAAAUUUUACUAUAAAUUUUUUAAAUUUAAAACUGGGAAUUUUUAAAUACUUUUAGUUGUGUUCAUUAUCAUGAUUUUUGUUAUCCUAAGCUGAAACUUUUGAUAUCUUUCAAACAAGUGUUAUAAUACAGCACAUGAGAUGGUCUGACGAUGUCUGUAUUAUUAUCUUGGAUCGUUUCAACACUUUAGACAAAGCUUCUUAAGGAUUCUCCCAUAAAUAUUCAUUUUAAGGAAUGAUGGAGAACAAAGACAGACGGUGUUAUUUAUUUAGAAAAAAUUAAAUAACUUUUAUAGCGCUCUUGAUUUUCGAGGAAGAAUUGUCCGGCUGUAGAUAUUUCCUGUGUGUUAUACUAAAAAAUUAACUAUUCAAUGCUGUCAAUCGGUAUAAUUCAGCCAGUCUGGUAACACUAAAAAGCAUUUUGAAAAUGUUAAUGCAUGUAUAAAAAUAUAUUUUUUUCCAUAAAUUUUCUUUUAAUUUCCGUAAAAUUUUCUCAUAAGGAAAAUACAAGCUAUGGUUACAUAUGCUUUGCUUUCAUUGGUUUUUUUUAAGGACUUCAUUCGUUUUUUAAAUAAUGUUUUCACUCUUGUCAUUUCCUAUUUUGAAAAUGUUGAAAGCCAAAAAUCUAACAUGUUUUUCUAUUAUGAGCCCAAUUUAUUAUAUUAUUCUGAUUGUAGAUCAAUAACUUCGAUAGUUAAAAAACAGGCUGACAAAGUCAGUUAUAUCUCUUGAUCCAAAUGUUGUCUUACAAAGUUAUUUACAACUACUUUAUAGUCAGGGACAACCCGGACGAAAGUAUUGUUGACAUGUCAUUGCAAUAAGAUGUGUGAACCUGUGCUGUGUUUUUUUAAGACUGUGCUGAGUAUCAUAAUUUUAUUUUUUGUUUUGAACAAGUGAAGAUAGGGAAAAUAUUUUUUUUAGAGGAUUAUUUAAAAAAAAAAAUGUAAUUCCUUUAGGCCUAUUUUAUUAAACCAUUGAAACCAGACAAUAGGGUGCAUCUUGAUUUAGAAAAAAAAAUGUGUUCCACAGCCAAAACUCUCCUGUUUAUCUGCUACAAAAGUUGGUGCAAGAAUAAAAGUCUGAACUAAAACGCAGUAAAAGUAUCAUGGCAGUCGACUUUAUUUUGGAUAGCUGUCCCAUCUCACACCUAAAUGCCAUCGCCUGUUUUCUGUCACACACCAUAAUGCAUUUCCCCAACAGUUUAUAGUCUCAUUAAUUGUAUCUGGGUCACAGUGAUACGGGUGAGUUUUAGUUGACAUGUUUUCUUAAUCUUCAUGCUGAGCCAUUUUGAAAGGAAAACAAAUUUUCUGUGAAUUGUUUAAUCCCAAUAACUAAUGUACCCUGUAGAUAAGAAAUGAACCCAGUAAUUGGUUCCCCUGCCAAGAAGAACUGAUCCAAAUCAUUCUUGUCCCUGCCAAGAAGAAUUGAUCCCAAUAAUUCAUGUCCCUGCAGACCAGUAAGUAUUUGGGUUCUUAAGAUGGCUAAUGAUAUUUACCAAUGAUUGUUAACUCGUUGCCUUCGUGGUUCAUAUAAAUUGGCUUUAGAAUCUAGUUUGUUCUAACCUCAGUCUAGAUGGUUCUUCCAGGAAUAUAUUAGGUCUUUAUUAUUUCGUUCUCUGUUUGGUCUUUUUCUAUGAAUCAUUUAUUCAAUGAAUGAAUUGUUUGCAAAAAUACUAGUAUUUUUUAGGGAAGAAGCACUUGCUGUGACCACUCCCUUUGCAAAUAAUACAAUACUGUGUUUUACAUUUUAUUUCCAUUGUAUUUUUUAUGGAUACCAAACUCAAAGCAAAUAAAUUAUUAGGAUUGAGGUUAUUGAUAAUUUUUCUGUUGACACCAAUUUUUUUGUUUUUUCAUGCACCGAAAUUUGACUUGGUCCAAACCAAGAAAAGACGCCCAUGUUGGCAAAAAAAAGUUGAAUGAUCUUUUCCCCAAAGAACUCCAAGUGCUCCAUAAAUGAUAUAAUGUUAUUGGCUUCUGCCUGUCUUUGCCAUAAUGUAGAUUCUUUUUUUUACUGACACCCUAGCGAACGACUUAAGGGCCUGAUCCUGUAGUGGCAGAACUCAUCUCAAGAGAAUCGUGAAUGAUUGGCUAACUUUGGCCUUUCUUUUGGCUCUUUUUUAAACUGUUGACCGUUACGUUCCCAGCAUCCUCUAUUUGACUCCCGUAUUGACCACAGAUCACCAGCCUUAACAGUCAUCAGCGAAGUUAUUUAUAUUAAAAAAUAUAUUAAAUGAUUAAAUAAUUUUCUUUUUGUAUAGUGUUAUAUGAGAAGUUAUUAGAUUGUUUGAUUACAUUGGUAUAAGUAUAAUUUUUGGUGCUCAUUGCCCUGUUCAAACAGUUAACAUUCAUGUUUUGAAAAAUUAUUCCCCCAUGUUAUAGCUCUCACCC